CAACAGUGAGUACAUGAGGAACGGGGACUUCCUGCCCACCCGUCUGCAAGCCCAGCAAGAUGCUGUCAACAUCGUGUGCCACUCCAAGACCCGCAGCAACCCCGAGAACAACGUGGGGCUCAUCACCUUAGCCAAUAACUGUGAGGUGCUGACCACCCUGACCCCAGACACGGGCCGGAUCCUCUCAAAGCUCCACACGGUGCAGCCCAAAGGGAAAAUCACCUUCUGCACUGGGAUCAGAGUUGCUCAUCUGGCCCUGAAGCACCGCCAAGGCAAGAACCACAAGAUGAGGAUCAUCGCCUUCGUGGGGAGCCCCGUGGAGGACAACGAGAAGGAUCUGGUGAAACUGGCAAAGCGGCUGAAGAAGGAGAAAGUCAACGUGGACAUCAUCAAUUUCGGAGAAGAGGAAGCCAACACGGACAAGCUGACAGCUUUUAUCAACACCCUGAACGGGAAGGACGGCAGCGGCUCCCACCUGGUGACGGUGCCCCCGGGGCCCAGCCUGGCGGACGCGCUGAUCAGCUCCCCCAUCCUGGCCGGGGAGGGAGGGGCCAUCCUGGGCCUCGGCGCCAGCGACUUCGAGUUCGGGGUCGAUCCCAGCGCUGACCCGGAGCUGGCGCUGGGGCUGCCAGGUGACCCAGCGCUCUGGGAACCUCUGCUCCCGCCCUGUGCCGGUUCCCGUCCCUGGGGGGGACAGGGGAGACGUGGCAGCCCCGGUUCCGGGUUCCCCGCAGACUCGGACGAUGCCCUGCUCAAGAUGACCAUCAGCCAGCAGGAGUUUGGCAGGGCUGGGCUGCCCGACCUGAGCAGCAUGACCGAGGAGGAGCAGAUCGCCUACGCCAUGCAGAUGUCCCUGCAGGGAGCUGAGUUUGCCCAGGCAGAGGCAGCAGAAGUUGACAGCAGCACAGCCAUGGACACCUCUGAGCCCACCAAGGAGGAGGAUGACUACGACGUGAUGCAGGACCCCGAGUUCCUGCAGAGUGUGCUGGAAAACCUGCCGGGGGUGGACCCCAACAACGAGGCCAUCCGGAACGCCAUGGGCUCCCUGGCCUCCCAGGCCUCCAAGGAGAGCAAGGACAAGAAGGAGGAGGAC